AUGGAUCAAUCAACUGCGGUUGUGAAAAGUCACAUAGAGAAGCCUUUUGUCUUUCGAGGAGUGGAUUUCAAAAGAUGGCAACAAAAGAUGUUGUUUUAUCUCACGACACUGAAUCUGGCACAGUGCUUGACUUCUGAAGGACCAGAGUUACCUGUAGAAGGUGAUAUUCCUGAUGAGACUAUUAAAGCUUCAGAGGCAUGGACACAAAAUGAGUUUUUGUGCAAGAAUUAUAUUCUUAACGCCUUGGAUGAUUCUCUCUACGAUGUUUAUCAUAUUUUCCAAACUCCAAAACAGUUGUGGGAAUCAUUAGAGAAGAAGUACAAGUCUGAAGUUGCAAGCGCUAAGAAGUUUAUCGUGGGAAAGUUCUUAAACUUUAAGAUGAGUGACACUGUUUCUGUGGUGAAACAAGUGGAAGAGAUUCAAGUUAUUGCUCAUGAAUUGAGGGAUGAAAGUCUGGGGCUGAAUGAAGCGUUUCUGGUUGCUUCUAUUAUUGAGAAAUUGCCUUCAACUUGGAGAGAUUUCAAGAUAUAUCUGAAGCACAUACAUGAAGACAUGAGUCUUGAGCAAUUAAUUCUCAAGCUUCGCGUAGAGGAAGAAAAUCGUAAGAAUGAGAAUUCUGAAUAUUCUUCUAUGGAAGCAAAAGCCAAUGUAAUUGAAGGAAACAACUCCAAAUUCAAGGGCUUUAAGAACAACAAGAAGGUGAAGAAGCCAUUCACCUUUCCAAAGGGCGCUAACUUCAAGAAGAAGUCACAAAGUGCUUGGAAAGUCUGGACAUAG